ACUCCUGCAUGAAUUUGAAAUUAUCAACCAUUCAGUGUAUUUAGCUCCCGGUUUCAUGAUUGGCUCCGAUCUGUCAAAAAUCUCUCACUGAAUGAGAGCGUUUUCUAUAUUCAUUCGCUCACUCUCUCUUUCAAUGCCUUCGACAUUCACUUCAAUCUCGAGCCCGUGAAUGUGACCUUUGUUGAAAAGACAGUCAUUUUGUUGAUGAGUGAAUUUCGUUUAGAAAAGGUUUCGGUAUUUUGUGCUGAUAAUGGCUGAAGAAAAUUUGGCGGUGCCAGGUGUAGCAAAAAGGCGCAGUGCUACAAGAAGGUGCUUCACGGAUAUUGCUGCGGAAUUUAUCAUCCGAGACGGUGAAAAAGCGAUUUGCGGAAUAGAUCCCAAAAGUGGUUGUAAGUAUACACAGCAUAAAUACGACAUUGGAAAUUUCGUUCGCCAUUUCCGAACGCUACAUGCCGAGAAGGCAAACGAAAAAGGUCUCACUAAGGACGAAAUUCCUAUACCUAAAAGACCAAGAGUCAUUGCCAAAAGGCCGAUCGCAAUCGAUAAGCAACUAUUGCUGGAUUCCUCGAUUAAAUUGGUGACAUACCAUCAGUUGCCUGUUUCUUGCUUUGGGUGGGAAGCAUUACGUCAGCUCCUUGACCCGAUCGGCACAGCAGUUGGAUGUAAAAUAAACUCCGCUAACAUGAAAACACAUCUUCAAUGUAUUGCUACCAAAAUCCGGCAACAGAUAGGCGAAGAAAUGGAAAACAAGUUAAUUUCUAUAAAAGUAGACUCGGCAUCUCGCUUCCAUAGACACAUUUUGGGCGUAAACGUUCAAUACGUGUUGCAAGAAAAGGUAGUAGUGCGAACCUUGGGUAAGUUGUUCUAUGUUGUCUCCAUUUGCACAAAUUAACAUGAUUUCACCGUUUUCUAGCCAUGCUCGAAGUGAAAGGAAGCCAAACAGCUACUUUACUGAAGACGAAAAUGUUAGAAGUCCUUGGUACAUAUGGAGUCACGAUUCAUCAGAUUUUUUCUGUGACAUCUGACAACGGUGCCAAUAUGUUGGCUGCCGUUAGGAAGCUCAAAGAAGAACUUCAGCUAACUUUGCGCGACGAUUUCGACACCGAAGAGGAGGCGGAUAACACCGAACAGUGUGAUUACACGGAGGAGUUAGAAGAAGCCUUCCAGGAAAGGCUUAACCUCGUCCGAUGUGCCGUCCAUUCUUUACAGUUGGUUGUAAUAGACGUAGUAAAGAAAAGCAAUCCGAGUGUAAAGGAGGUAACAGAUAUUGCGAAAAAAUGUAAGCUAACGCGAUACAAAAACUAUUUUGAAUAUCGUCAAGCCAGCUACCCUCCUGUGUGGUGCCAAACCCGGUGGGGCGGCAUAUUCCAGAUGAUGGAGAGUUUCAUAAAGCAAAAGGAUUUCUUUAUCGAACUCGGAACACAAUUUCCGGAGCUUGAUCUGUCAAAUAAUUGGGAUUUUAUUAAUGAUUAUGUUCAAGCAUUUCGGCCAAUUUAUAUAUGCACAAAAAAAAUGCAAUCGGAACAUAUGUCACUAUCCGAUUUCUAUAUGAAUUGGUUAAUUGCAAUGAACGAAGUUCAAAAUAUUGAAAACAAUGCUUUUGUACCUGAGCUCAGUCGUGCUCUAAAAACGCGACUUGCUUCUCUUCGAGAUUCAUGGGCAUUUCGAAUGGCCUUAUAUCUGGACCCAAGGUUCAACUAUUUUGGGUCUAAAGUGUUUACAAACGACGAGAAAGUGCGAAUUCAAGAGACCAUCAUAGAUACUUUUGAUCGAAUCAAAAAACUCGAACCCUCGAAAAGCUCGCAAUUGAUUGAUACCAAGUCUGAAACAGCUUCACUACCCAAACAUAAUAAUUUCGAUGAAUUUUUUACUAGUAUGUUUGGAGGCACUCCUGGACCAUCCGCAGAAUCCAGCUCAGCUCAAUCGACGUUUUUUAAACAGCUGAAGGCGCUAGACGUAGAACCUCGUCAGAACAUGAUGUUCAAUCCGUUUCAACAUUGGUUGAAUCGCAAGCACACUCAUCCAGAACUUUACCAAGUCGCAAUGGUCGUAUUGGCGGUUCCCUCAAAUCAGGUUACUGUAGAAAGAUCAUUCAGUGCACUCGGUCUCGUACUUUCCGAACGUCGUACUGAACUCGCAGAAGAUACCCUUUCAAAUAUUCUUCUUAUAAAGCUGAACAAGGAUGUGUACGAAAAGAUUUUACCUGAUCUCUACGAUUGGAAAGAUCAUUCGAAGGAAUCUGAUGUUCAGGUUGAGGUCUAAGACUAUUUCUACCUUUUUGUCAUUUUUUAACUAUGGAAACUACCACUGAGUCAGU